AUGUCUGGUUCGACGUCACUCGAGGCUCCUCCUGCCUCUCCGGUGGAUAUCGGUAUGAUGCUGGAGAAAAUUCGCUCCGGUCACGAGGAAAUUGAAAGAUUGGAGAAAUUGGUUGUGGAAGAACUAAAGACAGAAGAGACGUCUCCGAUGAAGCAAUUGUUGCAAGGCCACCGUCUUCGAAGCUUGGCUAAGUCUAUUGUACUUAAGAGCGAGAAACUUGUUGAAACCUAUGGAAAGAUUGGAGGUGAUAUAGCGCCGCUUCGUUUCCAGACUCCAUGGACUGAUAUGCCUAGUGCCUUUUCUUCUCGUUUCCAGACUCCAUGGACUGAUGUGUCUAGUGCCUUUUCUUCUCGUUUAGAGGAGAUUGUUGAAUAUCAUAGAACGCAUACUUGUGCACCACCCCUGGGAGACUCAGACUAUGAGUCACUCUCCAAGGGGGAACCAGUCACCGUAGAGGAAUGCCUUGGUUCGUACUUGGACUUGCAUGAUAUAUCAGAAAGUGGUGACGGUUGCAACAAGAAUUCCCUGAAACGCUCCAUGGGUUGGGAUGGGAGGCCUAUACCAUACUGGCUGGACAAACUGGGCCUUGGCAAGGAGUAUAAAUGCGAGAUAUGUAGGAACGAGAGCUAUGCGGGGAAAAGGGCUUUUGAUAGACAUUUUAAAGAGGAGCGCCACCUAAGGGGACUGGUUUGCUUUGGACUAUCCGGACGACGACAUGCUCCUCCGCAGAGAAGGGAUCAGGGAACCGAAUGGAAGGCUCCGGCGGGUGUAGCAAUUCCACCUCCGGAUAUCAGAGGUGCGUUGGAGGCUAUCGUGGGCAGCCUUUUAGGAGAAGGGUUGGAGUUUCAGAGGAAGAUCGUAGACCACUAUAGGGAAGUAGAAGGAUUUGAGUUCUUGAAAAGCGGUGAUGUUCAUCACGAAUUUUACAAGCACAGGCUUGCUGAACAACGAGCUCAUGCUCCUGACUCGGAAGGUGCGGCAGGUGCAAGUUGCCGCCAUGAUGACUGUUUGGAAGGGCUCCCAAACGCAGAGAAGUUGCACGGAGUCACUUCGGUUGAGGAAGCAAGAGAGAUUUUAGGGAUGCCAAAGAGAGGCCACUCGGUGCGGCAGCUACAAGUUACCGCCAUGAUAAAGGUUUGUUACUGA